CCGGAGUGUGCGCGCGUGAGUGCAUAUGUGUGUGCGUGCGUGUGUGUGAGUGGGGCCAAGCCGAGGGCCAAGCCUUUGGAUUGGAUUACAGUGCAGUGCAGUGUGUGAGCGCCAUGUGACGCGCCGCUGUGUGUUCAGUGAGUGGUGCAAAAAGUGUUCAAAGUGAGUGCUUCGUUCGCGUCCAUGAGGAGUACUUCUCAGCCCGACUCUGCAGCCAUGAGCGCGAACGCGCUGGCUUGAAGACGACGACGGACUGCUUCUCCUAUCUGCCCCGCAGGGCGCGGUCACCAUGCCGACCAGCGGGGGAGGGGAAGGCGGCGGCGGCGCGGGGGGCGUGCUGGUAGCGCCGCCCCCUCGCGACCUGUCCAUGCCGCGCUCCGUGUCGCGGGACGGCUCGGCGGGCCGGUCGCCGGGCGGCGGCCAGGGCGGCCAGGGCGGCGCGGCGGGCUCCUCGGGCGGCCGCUUCAUGGCGUACCACAUGGCGGCCAUGGGCCACGGCGCCAUGGGCGGCUCCAUGGGCGGCCUGGUGGCGGCGCAGACGUCCGCCUUCGUGCCCGUCGUGCCGUCCCGCGCGCUGCACAUGCCGUACGCCGGCGGCUCCAACGCGCUGGGCUCCAACGCCCUGGGCGCGGCCACCACCUCGGCCAUGGCGGCGGACAAGGCGGCCGCGACGGCGGGCAGCGCGGGCAGCGGCAGUCCCGGCGGCAGCGGCGAGGAGCCGGCCGGCAGGAAGAGGAGCUUCGACCUGAUGGCGCUCAUGGCGGACAAGCGCAAGGAGCUGGCGCUGUGCGAGGCCGCCGCGCUGUCCGCCGCCAUGCUGCUGCCGCCCCACCGCGCGCCGCCGCCGCCCGGCAUGCUGGACGCCGCCCCCGGGCCGCACCCCUACUCGUUCCCGCCCGGGGCGCCGCCAGGCUUCCAGUACCCGGCGGGGGCGCUGUUCCCCGGCGCCGGCCACGGCCACGGCCUCGACAGGCGGCUGCUGCGCGCGCCGGGCAGGGCGUCCCGCCCCAAGAAGCAGUUCAUCUGCAAGUUCUGCAACCGCCAGUUCACCAAGUCCUACAACCUGCUGAUCCACGAGCGCACGCACACGGACGAGCGGCCCUACUCGUGCGACAUCUGCGGCAAGGCGUUCCGCCGCCAGGACCACCUCCGGGACCACAGGUACAUCCACUCCAAGGAGAAGCCCUUCAAGUGCGGCGAGUGCGGCAAGGGCUUCUGCCAGUCGCGCACCCUGGCCGUGCACAAGAUCCUCCACCUGGAGGAGUCGCCCCACAAGUGCCCGGUGUGCAGCCGCUCCUUCAACCAGCGCUCCAACCUCAAGACCCACCUGUUGACGCACACGGACCACAAGCCGUACGAGUGCGGGUCCUGCGGCAAGGUGUUCCGCCGGAACUGCGACCUGCGCCGCCACGCCCUCACACACGCCGUGGGCGCCGACGUGCCGCCGGAGGCCGACGACGACGCGGCCCGGCCGGACGACGCCCAGGAUGACGACGACGAGGACGAGCCCGAGGACAUCCACGUGGACACGGACUCCGAGGAAGACGUGGACCCGAGACUGUCGCCACGGCCGCGCCACUCCGGACACGCCAUGGAGCACGCGAGCCGCGAAGGGUCGCCGCUGCGCUCCCGAUCCCCCUCACCCUCGCCGUCAUCGUCCACGUCGCCGGCGACGUCCAACCUGACGCGCUGCCACGAGACGGGGGCGUCGUCGUACACGAUGCGGCCCGACAAGGCGGACCGGCUGGAGCGGCCCGACCGGCUCGACGCCCCCGCCGCCUCCACGUCGACGUCCGCGUCCACGUCCACCCCCGGCGCCGCCGUCGGCCCCCGGCUGCAGGUGCGCUCGGACCUGGAGGCGCCCAGCGGCCUGCCGAGCGGCCUGCCCAGCGGCUUCGGCAUCUUCCGGCGCCGCGUCCCGGACCCCACGGACCCGUUCGGCAGGCCGAGCCCCUUCUUCAACCGGCGCCCGCUCACGCCCAACUCGCCCUUCGCCUUCUCCAGGACGGGCGGCAUCGUGGCCGCCGCCGCCUCCUCGGCGCUCUCCGGCCCCGGCGCUGGCGCUGGGUCCCGGGAUCUGCUCCGGGCCAACCCGCUCCGGGACCCCCCGAGGGACAAGGACAUGCCGGGGCCGUCGGGUUUGUCGGCGGCCGCCAAGAAGGCCGACGCCCCCGCUGUGGACGACAGCUCCAAUCCCCUGCCCCCCGUGGGGCCCCCGUCGGCGUCGGUCGUGGUUCCCAGUGCGCUGCGGCCGGCCGACGCCCCCGCGCCGCCCGGACUGCCCCCGGGCCCACCCCCCGGGCUGCCACCCGCCCCGCCCCCCGUCGCAGCGCCCCCCGUGAUGCCCCCUCAAGCGCCGCCCCCAGCCCCCAAGAAGCAGGGCUUUAGUAUAGAGGAGAUCAUGAGACGCUAAUCCGCUAGCCCUGUGUUCUGUGUUGUGUUGUCUAGUGCCGUAGAGGUCUGUCUGUUGAGCGUCCUGUUAAGGGUAGUCGUAAGUGAUAUGAUUUUUAGACCAAGUGAUUAAUGUUGGCGCCGCUCAUAGCGCGUGCAGUCAUUUAUGUGAAUCGAGGCCAAACUACUUUUGUUAGUUGGGGGGUGCCGUGCUGGCCAACAUGGCCAGAACGACCUUGCCCCUUGCUUGUGUUCCUGUAGGGUGAUUCCAGUUCGUUCGGGAGCGUCGGCUCCGGCCGGCUCCGGCCUACUUAGUGUAGACUCAGUAAGACUUUUCAAACUGCACAAUCGAGUAGGCGUGUUUUGGUGCCAUCAACUCCGCUUCUAUCUGAGGACACGAAGCGUUUUUGUUUCAAUUGUUUUACCAUUCGGAGAACGUUCCCGCAAGCGAUUUGUUAGAUAGAUAUGAUCUUAAAAAUAAGAAUAUAUAUAAAUAUAUAUGUUUUGUUUUUUGUAAUCUCAAGUGAUAUUACAUGUACAUUGUUCAGAUAAAAUACUUUUGAAUUUGUUUAGAGACUUUUAACUUGAAGUUGAGCGUUUGUAUAUAAUGUUAAAGACUUUUGUUACUAUAGAAAUUUAUUGUGUAUAUGUUUUAGAGUGAUCUCAGAAAAUGGGAACACACAGGAAGCUCUCUUUUGUGAUACCUUCAUAGCUAUGGUAGCUCGUCCUCUCUGUUCCCAUCUUAAAUGAUCUGCAGUCGGGGAGGGUGGGGAAAGGAGGGAGGCAUGUCAAGUUUUCAUGUUGAAAACUUGUGAAAUUAAAAUUUUAUUUUGUUGAAGCCGAUUCUCUGUAUUCUUUCUCUUACAUCCACUGUGUUAUUUUCUUGAAAAUUAGCUUCUCAAAAAAUGUUUUCGCGUCGUUUUUGAAAAUGUGAUUUAUUUGAUAAAUAGACAUGCCGUUUGUACAUAUUGUGGUACAUAAUUGAAAUAGCGAAUUGUGAGUGAUAAGCUGAAGUUUUCUUUUCAAAAGAAGGUUUUUCAGAACUAUGUGUCCUUUAUUUAUGUCCUUCAAUAUAUACGUUUGCCAUAUGUAGCGUUACAACACUAGCCUGGAACUUAUUUAUAAUUUAAUUACUUGCAGGCUUCAGUAAAAGACUGUGAAUCAUUAGAACCUGUUCGUCCUGUCAGUGUCAAACGGACUUAGUUCUGUGCAGUUCUGUUAAAGCCGUGUGCCUGUCUCUGAGGCUUGACUGAUUUAUGCCUCGAUUGUUGUUUGAGUAUGGUGGGUGAUGAUUGUUGCUGAAAACUUUCCCCAAGAAACACAAAAUAAAUACAAUCUAAAAUGA